AGUCAAUCCAAGUACUCGCGCUCGAUUACAGUCUCGAAUGGCAACGAGCAUCAGCUGAUCGCAUAUUCACAAAAACCCUAGCAGGCAGCAAUGGUUUCUCUUCUCCCAACGAAUACCCUUUUCUCUUCUUCAUCCUUUACCCGCCUCCCUCCAUCCUCAUAUUCUCCGCCCCUACCUUCAUGGCCGACGAAAACCCUACCGACUCCCUCCUCUGCCCGCCGCCGCUCAAUCAGUCCCCGUGCCGUCCUCCAGUGGAACCGCAAGCCACAGCUCGCUGGUGAGACCCCGCGCGUGGUCGUCAUCACCUCCGGCAAGGGGGGCGUCGGCAAGACCACCACCACCGCCAACAUUGGUCUCUCCCUGGCCCGCCUCGGCUUCUCCGUUGUGGCCAUCGACGCUGAUGUCGGCCUCCGCAACCUCGACCUUCUCCUCGGACUAGAAAAUCGCGUCAACUACACAGCUGUCGAGGUCCUCAACGGCGACUGCCGUCUCGACCAGGCUCUCGUCCGCGACAAGCGCUGGCCCUCGCUUGAGCUCCUCUGCAUAUCCAAACCCCGGUACAAACUCCCCCUCUCCUUCGGCUCCAAGGCAAUCACAUGGCUCGUGGACGCCCUCCGCUCCCGCACGGACGGACACCCGGAUUUUGUACUCAUAGACUGCCCUGCUGGCAUUGAUGCUGGUUUCAUUACCGCAAUUGCCCCCGCCGACGAAGCCGUCCUCGUUACCACUCCCGAUAUUACCGCUCUCCGGGACGCCGAUCGCGUCACCGGUCUUCUUGAGUGCGACGGCAUUAGGGACAUUAAGAUGAUUGUCAAUCGAGUGAGGACGGACCUCAUUCGCGGUGAGGAUAUGAUGUCAGUGCUUGACGUACAGGAAAUGCUCGGCCUUCCGUUGCUCGGAGUAAUCCCAGAGGAUGCCGAGGUUAUCAAGAGUACCAAUAGAGGCCUUCCUUUAGUGUUGAACAACCCACCGGCACUGGCAGGCCUGGCAUUCGAGCAGGCUGCUUGGAGACUCGUGGAGCAGGACAGUAUGACGGCUGUGAUGGUAGAGGAGGAGCCUAAA